AUGCGCGAGACACGGGAUGAUUCCCUAUUUGCAUGGUGUUCGACCAAGGAAACGGCAGCUGAGGCACCAUAUCGCGGCCUGUUUGCACGUUCGCCUGAGGAAUUCGUCGACGGCGCCAAUAUCGAACACUUCGACGCGGACGAAGCUGGUGCCGGGAGCACAACCUCGAUGUUGGGCCAGGGACGGGUCUCGUUGAGCUGCAGCGUACAACCGGGAGACAACGACGGGGUGAUCCUCAGCCUCAAAUGUUUCCGGGGAGAUCUCUCCAAGAUACAGGGCAUCGAAUGCAUCCGCAUCGGUGACAAUUAUUACCUGAGGUCCAAGCCAUCGCAAUUAUUCCCAUGCUCGCUCGGUUCUCUCACAAGCGUCACGAUUGACAAACACGCGCUGAAGACAGAAGCGAAUAAGGAUGAUCACGUUUACCGUCGCGAUAGUAUAUAUCUUGGAGAUCUACCUGACGGACUGCACCUCAGGGCCGUUCAUUCAGAAGUGGCAGGCACCUCUUCCAGACAAAAAGUCCCAACCAACCGAUUGGUGCCGGUAUUGUGGGCGAUCGGCCGCAAGAUGGCUUUCGAGAUCCAAAUCGAAAAAUACGUAUCGGGUGACCGCACUCUAUCUGGUUGGUCAGUAGAGGACAGACGACUUCUCAUUCUCUUUUGGGUCGACACAAUUCCAGGAUCCAGAUCAUACAGGUACCACUUCAGUUUGGAAAAGAGCUCGAGCCAAGAUGCAGCAACCAGAUUCCGAAACGCGACGAGGCAACCAAAGUCAUACUAUAGCCGCGAAAUCACCGUUGGGCGGAUCAUCGUCUGUGUCAGAAAUAGUCGCAGGAAAGUAGGAGGACAAGAGGUGCUUUAUUUCCAUGUAAGCACCGAGGACAACAAGAAGUGA